GAACGACGAGAUCUCUGUGCAGCACUCUGUCCAGACAUCAACACAAUGGUCGCACCACUUCGCAAUGGCCUGCUCCGGCAUGCAGCCACAUGUCUGUGUCAAUCACGUUCGACUCCUGCCAUUCGGCCUCUUUCUCGCGAUGCGCUCAGACGACUUGCCUCCACUCUGGCAGUAUUAGAGCAGCGCGAUGGCAAGCUUAACAUGUCAUCAUUGGCCUCCAUAUCCGCAGCAAAGAAAGUUGGAGGAAGUAUACAUGGCUUCGUGGCGGGUUCAAAUGUCAAGACAGUGGCAGAUGAAGCAGCAAAGGUUGAAGGACUGGAGAAGGUUAUCUACGUCGAGAAUGGGGCAUAUGACAAGGGAUUGCCAGAGAACUGGGCUCCUCUACUCGUUGAGAACAUCAAAAAGGGGGGAUAUACACAUGUGAUGGCUGGCCACUCUGCGUUCGGAAAGAACUUGAUGCCACGCGUUUCUGCUCUGCUAGAUGUGCAGCAGAUUAGCGACAUCACGGAUAUUCAAGGCGAGGACACAUUCGUGAGACCGAUCUAUGCUGGAAAUGCCAUUCUUACUGUCCAGACGGAAGACAGCCCGAAGAUUGUCACGGUACGAGGAACAGCCUUCCCGGCUGGUGCAGCAGAAGGAGGCUCUGCAAGCGUUGAAGAAGGCACAGAUCCAAAGGCUGAAUGUCCUACUGAAUGGGUGAGCGAGGAUCUGGCUAAAAGCGAUCGUCCUGAUCUAGCUUCGGCGGAGAGGGUGGUCUCGGGCGGACGAGGCUUGAAGUCCAAGGAGGAAUUUGACAGGCUUAUGCCACCUCUCGCAGAUGCCUUGGGUGCGGCAAUUGGUGCCUCCCGCGCUGCAGUCGACUCUGGAUUUGCAGACAACUCUCUCCAGGUGGGACAGACGGGAAAGAAUGUGGCGCCGCAGCUAUAUCUUUGCGCAGGUAUCUCUGGAGCCAUUCAACACUUGGCAGGCAUGAAGGACUCGAAAGUCAUCGCAGCGAUCAACAAAGAUCCCGAUGCGCCGAUAUUCCAGGUGGCUGACGUCGGCUUGGUAGGAGAUCUGUUUGAGAAGGUGCCAGAGCUUACCGAGAAGCUGAAGAGGUCAUGAUCUGGUGACUUUUGCAUUUCUGGGCGCUGGGGCGUACAAUGAGGCGGAGAUCAUGUGUUGCACUGCAUAUGUGUAUCUUACUACAAGUAGAUCCGAGGGACACGUGGAUCUGCCUAUGUUAUGAUGCCAGAAUCGUACGGACAAUGCGAUGUAGACAAUUGCCGCAACGAGCAAGUCCGUUUGCUUGAUUU